CACAAUCACAGCUCUCUCUCUCUCUCCUCUCGCUGUUUUUUCAUAGUCUCUCCAGCUGGUUCUUUCUUCCUCCUGCUUUCACUUUCUCUCUCUCUACUUUCUCAGCAGCCAAACGGUGUCCAGAAAAAUCAAGGCUCGGCUUUUGAGUUUCUGGUGGUCGUAUCAAGGUUGCUCGGUCAUCGGAAAACCAUUUUCGUUUUCCUUUUCCUUUUGCCCUGUUGUUUGACUUAAUUCUUGCUUCAGCUCUUAGUUUUUAUUUUAUUUUCUCGGGAAAACUGAUUCCGGAGCUACUUUUUCUUGUCGGUGUUACGGUGUAUUUUAGUUGAUAUCUUCUUGUACUUUUCUCAGUUUUUUUCUGUUACCUAUUGAGCUUUUAGUUCGGUCAGGUUGGUUUUUCUCUUCCUUUUAUCUUCUGAAAACAGUCGGUUUCGUAUUUUUUUGUUAAAAUCUCGAUCUCGAAUGAAUCAGCGUCUCUGUUCUAUACAAUAAGACUUUGAGGUGGUUCAUCGAUCAUUUGGUCGGUUGAUUCAAGGGUUUUCAGGUGGUUAAAGCUGGAAAUUAGGUGGAAAAGAGGAGAGAGAUUUGGUUUUGUUUGUUAUGUUUGGAUCCAGAAAAGAGUUUGUAAUUGUACAGAAUUGUUUGAUUUGAGAGGAGAAGGCGAAACUUGAUUCGAAUUUUAGGGGGAAUUCGAUGUUGAUUUGUGAAGAAGCAAGUUAUAAUUUAUGAAUAUUGUGUGUGAGAUUAAUUGUGGGGAAGGUAUAAAGCAGGUUUUGUUGAGCAAGUCGUCUAAGAAUUGAAGUCGUGUUUGGCCAAAGGCAAUAGGAAGGUGAAAUUGAUUAAAAGAAGAUGGUUUCUGCAGCUAUUGAUGUGGAGGAUGAAAGUAGAGGCACUUGGUCAAAAACUGUUUUCCUAACAGAGCAGUUUCCUUCAAGUAAUGACUAUGCUCCAAAGGCAAGGAAGCCAUACACGAUUACAAAACAAAGAGAAAGGUGGACAGAAGAGGAGCAUAAGAAGUUCCUUGAAGCUUUAAAGCUUUAUGGUCGUGCUUGGCGACGGAUAGAAGAGCACGUGGGUACCAAAACUACGGUUCAGAUUAGGAGUCAUGCUCAGAAGUUCUUCUCUAAGGUGGUACGUGAGAGUAGCAGUGAUGCAAAAACCAUUGAGAUUCCUCCUCCUCGACCAAAAAGGAAACCCAUGCAUCCUUAUCCUCGUAAAUUUGCAACUGUAGUUAAAACUGAAACUGAUGGAUUGCUUCCAGAGCAAUCCAGAAGGUCUUCAUCUCCAAAGUCUGCAAUUUCAGACCAAGAAAACCAAUCUCCGACUUCAGUAUUGUCUGCAUUUGGUUCAGACACACUAGGUACAACAGAUUCAAGUACACCAAAUGGUUGCUUGUCAACGGUUUCAUCUGCUGCCGGUGUCAACCCCUGUGGUUACUUACCUGAAUCCAAUCCAUCUCCUGAAGAAAACAGAUCUCUGUUGCCAGUCCAAGAGACUGCUAGUUCAGGCCUGGAUUGCCAAGUCCCCGUGAAGUUGGACUUAUUUCCCCAGGAACUUGAUUUUGUUAAAGAGGGUUUGGCUGAGGCAGCUUCUCAGCAGUGCCUGAAGCUCUUUGGGAAGACCGUCUUAAUCGAGGAUUCUGACAAACCAUCUUCUCCAACCACGGGAACUUGCAAGUCACCAUCUCCAGCCACGAGUGACGAGAGACCCGUACAAACAGUCCCGUGGAAUUUAAUACAGGCGGACUUCCCAUCCGGUAAAAGUACAUGGAGUCACUUACCGCAUGGCGCACCUACAACAUUCUAUUACAUACAAGAAAAUCCUAAUCCAGCAGAAACAAGUUCAGGAUGUCGUCUGCCAUGUUGGACUCUUUUUGGAGGCACACCAUUUCCUUUCCUUCCAUUGCAUAACCCGGUUUCGAUGAAAGCACAUCCAUCUGCUGAUUUUAGGGAGAUCCAAAGGGAAGGGUCUUGGACUAGUUCGAACCCUGAAUCAGUAGCUGCAGGGAAAGAUGGUGACACAAAUUGGGAGAAUGAGGCCCAGAGUCGCCGUCUUUCUUUUGAUAAGGAGGAAGAUGAGCAAAUCUCGUUGUCCCUGUUUAAGCCAACUGAAAAAGCUGCCUUUGCAGGAUUAAAAGCCAGCACUGAUAGGUACAAGAAGGGGUUUGUACCAUAUAAGAGAUGUUUAGCCGAGAGAGAGAGCCAGUUGUCGACAAUAACUGGUGAAGAAAGGGAAGAGCAGAGAAUCCGCCUUUGCUUAUAAUGGUUUCUGGGAAAGCCCUUCACUCCGAUAGUGGUCUCCACUAGAAUUCGUUUAGUGCAGCUUCCUAUGAUAACAGAGAGAUUAAUCAAUAGGUUGAGGAAUUGAUUCAGGUGACCAACCGUAGCAUUUUAGCUGCUGGAUAACACAAAAGUGAAUCUAUGGUGGCUGGAAGUAGUCAUUUUUGCAGCUUUGCAAAGUCUAAUUCGGUCGUUGUCGUCUUCCUUCUUUACCGCUUUGUUUCUCUUCAACUGUUAGAAUUUGAUGUUCCACUAUCUAUGAAAUGCUUCGUGUUUUUGUUGAUUUUCAAUCUUGACCUGUAAAUUAUGCAACUCUACUUCAAUUUUGUCGUCUGGUGGCUCGAAUUCUUUGGACUCGGUUUUGCACC